AUGGAAGCAGGCAACAUCAGCAUCCAGGCCCUGGAUUACGUCCUCGGACAGGAUCUCGACGGCCUUGCCCAGCUCCGAGAAGGCCUGCAGUCUGCCCAAGAUAAAGAGCUUGUCGAGUUCUGCCACGACCUUCUGCGCGGAGCUUAUGAAGAAGCCCACAAGCAUCCAUUCGUUGCGAACCUGUUCAGCCUUGAUGAUGAGAUCGAGAACCAGAACGAGGUCUUGCUUCCCGAGCCCUCGUAUACGGGACCGGUGCAGCACCAAGACGAGAACUUGGAUGUGCUCGACCAGUGCAUCUUGCUUUCGUUGUGCCUGGACGUCAAGAACAACAACCCGCGACACGGUCUCACCACCGAGGAGAUGUUCCCCUAUGUCAGGCGAGUGCAAAAGAACCCCAACAACUGGAUGGUGCACAGCACGUGCCUGUUGCUCAAGUCGCGCCUGGAGUUUGAAAGCACCAAGACCGCCGACAGGGCCGUUCUCCAGAUGCAGACUCUCGUCGAACAAUUCUACGACGAGGAGAAGGAUCUCAAGAAGGAGCUGCACGACGUUAUCAGGGAGCGGUCCCGCUACUUGUUCGCCCUGGCCUUCCCCUGCCGAUUGACCCUGCAGAAGGAGCUCGGCGAGCGCUUCCUCUCUAUGGGUAUGGCCGCGAGCGCACUCCAGAUCUUCGAACAGUUCGAAAUGUGGGAGAACGUCAUCACGUGCUACAGGGUCAUGGGCAAGGACAAGAAGAGCUCUGAUUGA